AGUACUAACACUCAUCUUUAAUCUUGUAAAUAAAUUGUCACUUGUAUCAAGUAAAGAAAUUCUGACAUGAUCCGAUAUUAGAUGAGAUCACUCAGAUCAGAACAUUGCAAGAUGAAUAAAUCAAAUGGGUUUAAUCUAUUGUUGUUACAGAAUUUCUUACAUCAAACUCGAUUUAGUCGAAAGUACAAAAGCAAUAACGAGCGAAAAGAAGAAACCCAAUAAACCAAAUUUUAUCAAGACAGAGAGUGAGAGAGAGAGAAACAAAAAAAAAAAAAAAAACAGACAGAAACAAAAGUGAAGAAAAACGAACAACAAAACCCAAUAAGCAGCGAUCGAAGCUAAUAAACAAACACACAAGAGCGAAAGCGCUCGGACAUUCAAAUCUGAAAAGCAGCAAUACGAAACAAGAAGCCAGCAAGAUUCAAUCGAAGCAGAAGUGUAUUAUUAUUAUUAAGGAGCCGAGAAAUCAUUGGGUUGGUGUCGGAACUCUGGGAAGUUACUUGUUAUGUUCCGAUUUUGUUUUCGUGUCUGAAUUCUGGUCAAAUCUUUCCUACUCUAAAUCAAUCUUCCAACACUUGUUUUUCUGCUUCCAAGCUUGGGUCCCGCUUCUCAUUGCCCGCUUCCUCCUUCUUCAAUUCGAAUUUCAUCUUUUUCUUUAGGCAAUUCGAAUCUGGUGCUCUGUUCUCAAAGCUCCAAUCAUUUGUCCAACUCCACUGAUCUCGAUUUUCUCCAACUCAAAUUUCGGAAAUUCUCAAGUUCUUAGCUUCCGAAUUGGGCGUGAAGCAAAAAAUGCUUGGGUUUUUCUGCUCUGAUUCAGUUUCGUCUUCUUACUCGCUCGUGAACUUGGAGAAACGGUUAGUUGGUGGUUCUUCCUUCUUGAUGGAUUGAUUUGCUGACUCCAAGCUAGGGUUUUUAAUCCAUUCUGAUACUGAAUCAGCCGAGGUUGAAUUUUAAGGUUCUUGGUAUAAGCUGGCUAGUAGAUAAUGAUCUCUAGGGUUUUGGUUUUGGGAACAUGAGAUUUACGAAUUCUGGGUCGUUUGGGAAAAUGAAAGAGCUUUUGGAUGCAAUUGGAGUGGCCUGUACUAAAAGCUGCAGCUGAGUUCUUGAAAUGCUCUUGGAUUUGAGUUUGAGAAAUAAUACGUUGAUGAGUUGGGUUUGUUUGUGUGAAGGAUAACUAGAAGCUGAGAGGGUGCAUUUUGUGCACUCCUCUGACUGUUUCAUCUGGUUUCGGUUUUAGAAGAAGAAGAAGAAGAAGAAACAAGUAUGCAACGUCUUCAAGAUCCCAGGGUUGAUCUAGCUGACCUGAAAGUGCAUAUAGUGAAGAAGAUUGGGGUUGAAAGAUCUAGAAGGUAUUUUUACUAUUUGGGCAGGUUUCUGAGUCAGAAGCUUACUAAGAGUGAGUUUGAUAAGUCAUGUUUCCGUCUUUUGGGGAGAGAGAAUCUUUCUCUACACAACAAGUUGAUUCGUUCCAUCUUGAGAAAUGCGUCUCUGGCUAAGUCCCCACCACCAGGUCACCAAACCGGUCACCCUGGCAAAUCUUUGGUGCUUGGGAAAGAGGAUGGACCUGAACAAAGCGGACCUCUAAUUCCUGACCAUAGUAGGAAUGAUCCUGUUUGCUCAAAUGGGGUGUUACCCAACGUUCGGUUUGGAACGUGUGACAGUACAAUCAGAGAUAAGCCUUGUCCACUAGGGCCAAACGGAAAGGUUGACAGAACCGGUAAUAGUAACACGGAGAACAGGGAUUCGGGUCCUUUUGCUUAUCAAAGAUCAGGUCGCUAUGCUGAUGAAAGAGACAGUGCAUUUCUUUGCCCUGCUGAACAAAAGAGGGAUUCGGGUAAAGGUCAGGUUGCAGCUCCUCUUAGCAGGGAUGAUGAAGCCCAAGAAGAGCGAGGUAGUUUGAUUCUUUCCAUGCCUCCUGUAGUUGCACCUCUGGGGAUCCCAUUCUGCUCGGCUAGUGUCGGUGGGGAUCGCAGAACAGUUCCAAUUUCGACCAGCGCAGAUGCUAUCAGUUGCUAUGACAGUGGUGGAUUGUCAGACACAGAGAUGCUGAGGAAGAGGAUGGAGAAUAUUGCAGUAGCACAGGGUCUUGGAGGGGUUUCCGCGGAGUGUUCUACUGUUUUAAAUAACAUGUUGGACUUGUACCUGAAGAAACUAAUGAAAUCAUGCGUUGAUUUGGCUGGAGCUCGGUCCAUGAAUGGAACGCCUGGAAAACAAAGUUUAGACAAACAGCAGAGCCGAGACGAGCUUGUAAAUGGGGUGCGGACGAGUAAUAGUUUGCACAUACAAACUAGCAACCAACCAUCUGACAUAACGCAAGAACAACAUUCAGUGUCUUUGCUUGAUUUUAGAGUUGCAAUGGAGCUAAAUCCGCAUCAACUUGGUGAAGACUGGCCAUUGCUACGGGAAAGAAUUUCCAUAUGUUCAUUCGAGGAACGAGAAGGGGUGUGAAAGAAAAUGGUUAGGCAUAUUGGAUGCUGCAAAUUGUCUGAGUAAGCUCUCUGGUCCAAAAAGACUGGCCACUGAUUUUGGUAGAAAACAAUUCUUGAGCUCUGUAUCCCAUGAUGGACCUGAUGGCUGAUUGACCCAACUAUGUCCUGGAGCCGCAGACUCGGGGCAGGUUAGUAGAUAUGAAUGAAUACGUGUUGUUGUAAGAUCAAAAGAAAUCUGGCCAUUCCAGCGAGUUUCAAGCUUUGAGUGUAAACGCAGGCCGAUAAGGAAAUCAAGAGAAAGUUUUGGCUGAGAUACUGUGGGUUUUAGGCAAGAGCAAGGUACAAACAAUCACGUAAUAGUUGCAGUAUUGCUCUGUAUGUAACAUAGUCUUAGAAUUGUUUUAGAAUUUAUAUCUUGAAGACACAUUGACAUCACUUUUACAUUUACAUUUACAUUUUUGUUACCUCAUUUCAGUGAAAAAGUUAUUUUCAAAAUCAGUGAAUUGCCUCAUUUUUACAUUCUA